UACCCCGCCAUCACAGGCCCAAUGAGAUCUGUCUCGCACUGCAGAAACAGAAGGAUUGCCAAGCGAGGCUAAAAACAGCUACGUCCAGCUUACCAGCUACAGCUCUUCGAGUUUGGGAGCUGAUCCGAAUCGGAGCAAGACCAUUCCGUUGCGUGUCUUGACGAGAGAAAUCCCCGUCGGCGGUCGCUCAGCACCCUCUAACGGUCACACCAUAAUAUCUGCUCACUGACUCACCGAGUGUUCGAGGACGUGGUCUUUUUCCGGUGGAAAGGUCAUUGUGUCUUCCUUCGGGUUCGACUACAGCCCAGCCAGUUCCCGCGAGCGCGUAGCCUACUAUAGAUCACCACCUACUUCGAACCCCGACGUCAACCCGGCACAUCCGACACACACACCAUGGCGUCCUCCUUCCCUCCCCCGCCGGUCAACACGAUCGACUGGUCCAACGUCGGCUUCCGCGUGCGCGAGGUCAACGGCCACAUUGAAUCGCACUACUCGGUCCAGACGGGCCAAUGGUCGCCCCUCGAGUUCGUCACCGACCCGUACAUCCGCAUCCACGGCAUGGCGCCCGCCCUCAACUACGGCCAGCAGGCCUACGAGGGGCUCAAGGCCUUCCGCCUGCCGGGCGACUCGGCCAUCGCCGUGUUCCGGCCCGACCGCAACGCCGCCCGCCUGCAGCACUCGGCCGCCUUCAUCUCGGUGCCGCCCGUCCCCGCGGACAUGUUCCUGGCCGCCGUGAAGGCCGCCGUCGCGCUCAACGCCGAGUACGUCCCGCCGCACGAGACCGGCGCGGCCAUGUACAUCCGCCCGCAGGUCUACGGCUCGUCGGCCCAGCUCGGGCUCAGCCCGCCCGAGGAGUACACGUUCUGCGUCUAUGUCCUCCCCACGGGCGUCUACCACGGCACGCACCCCGUGAAGGCGCUGGUGCUGGACGAGUUUGACCGCGCGGCGCCCAACGGCACCGGCAGCGCGAAGGUCGGUGGGAAUUAUGCCCCCGUGCUGAGGUGGAGUGAGAGGGCGAGGCAGGAAGGGUACGGCAUCACGCUGCAUCUGGAUAGCAAGGCCCAUGAGGAGGUGGAUGAGUUUAGUACGAGUGGGUUCAUUGGGGCCGUGGUGGAGGGGGAGGAGGUCACGCUCGUCGUGCCGGACAGUAGGGCGGUUAUUGAGAGCGUCACGAGUGACAGUGUGCAGCAGAUCGGGAGGAGCUUUGGGUGGAAGGUUGAGAAGCGGUCGAUCAAAUACUCGGAGCUGCCCAACUUCACAGAAGUCAUGGCGGCGGGUACCGCGGCCGCUCUCGUGCCGAUCCGGUCCAUCACGCGGCGCACCGCCCCCUCGCUUCCGAAGCAUCCCCGCGUGUCGGUCAGGGACGGCGAGGAGACGGUGACCUACAUCCCCGAGGGCAACGAGGAACCGGGGCCGAUCUUCAGCAAGCUGAUCUCCCAGCUCAAGGGCAUCCAGCUCGGCAAGGUGAAGGACGAGUUCGGCUGGCGCUUCGAGGUCAGUGAGGAGGACGGCUCGCGGGUCAUUGGGACCGGGGCGUCGCCGAGCAAUGGCAACGGGCAGACGGUGGACCAGCUGGAUUGAGGGAGGCAGUCCUGUUUGUAGGGUGAUGAUCUUUUCGGACCUAUAUCAAUCAUCGGACAGGAAACGGAGGCCUGGGCUCGGGGAACGGUUGGCUUCAAUCAAAAGCUUGUUGUUAUUUCCGCAUACCGUCUUCAUACCCGUGGUAGCGGACAUUUGCAUAUAAAUCUUCCUUAUCCGCUUAAAAGGGCCUAAAACUAGUCGCUCUAAGGACAAGAAACCGCCCGCUGUAAACAAUAACGAAGAUAAGAUGAUGUCGCUAUUAUAGGGAGGCCGUAA